CUAAUUUAUUACAAUGACCUUGUGUAAUGAGGAAGGAGUAUAAUAGUGUUAUACAUUAUACCUAAAAUGAAGGGGAUUCAUAUUUAACAACCGGUUUGUUGAAAUGAGUAUCAUGUUCACAAGUCGUUACCCCAUUGUACAAUAAUGGGGUACGGCUACCCGAAACUACAUGUAAAGAGAGCGUAAAUAUAUGUUGUCUUCAUUUACAUUUACUUGCAUAACACCAACAAUAUACCUCUUGCUCACCGGUUUAAAAACGUUUCUUUUACGUAUAACUGCUCAUGGAUUUGUGUGCAAAAGUAUUCAGCUAUUGAUUGAUAUUGAUAUUGGGUGUUGUAAUUGAUCUCAGAAGUUUAAACGUCCCUAUCCGAACGAGACGCAUUCGAUCGUGACUAUCUUCAGUGUUCGUACAAGAAGACAUUAAAAACUCCUGUGAGAGGAUAUUUCUUCAUGAAACAGCGUAAAUUUCAUAGAGGAAUGUGAAUUCUUCGCACGUCUCCUGCAUUAGACAGGACAACCAACCAUACCAAUGAAAAUGAACAAGUCCCUUACACCUGAAGAUCCGUAAGGCGUACAGACAGCACCUAUUUUAGAGAUGGCGAGACAGAUUAUUUUCCCCAAGAGUCCAGGAGGAAAGUCUUCUUCAUCAACGGACAGCUAUGCUAUGAAGGAAUCCAAUUUUGGCGAUUGGGGAGUGGGUGGAACACCAUCAUCAGACAGAAGAGUGACGUCCAUGGAUUAUCGAAUAAUGCUUCCCCUACUCCCCUUUCCAAGUGAACCUUUCUUUCUCCCUGGGCAGAUGUGGCAAUCUAGAUUAAUGUUAGACAGACGUUCAUUUCAGACUCAAAAUCCGAAAUAUCAAGAAGAAACAUGUCGUUGCCUUAGAAAUAUAAUUCGUAGAACACAAACAUGUAAAAUGUUUCAACGUCUGGAUGCAAUAGAAACAUUCCUUGAUGCAUUUGUCUUGAAAUUAGAAUUCAAGGGAUUUCCAAUUACUUUACCCAAACCAAAAACCUGCAGUCAAUACAAAACGUAUGAGGACAUCAAUAUGGAAACACCAGCGACAGAAAAGAGCCCAACUGCAUGCAAAGCUUGUAUUCAUCAAGUAAAGAGUGUUGAGAGCGCGUAUUUUGAGUGUGAUUUUAGACAAAAAAUUAAAUUAGCUGCCACCAGAGGAGAUGUUUGGUAUAUCAAGUCUCUUCUCAAUUUUACAUCCCCAGGAAUAAUGAGAAACAUUUGUGGUGAACUUUGUUCUGAGAGACCAGACACAGAUUUUUGCACCAAAGUGAUUGUGGAUACAAUACGAAACAAAUUCUUGAAAUUGUAUAAGGAAAAGUUGAAAAUAGUUCUUAUAUGGACAGGCUAUCGAGUAACAAAUUCAUAUAGAAUUACAAGAGGUAUAGAUACUAUUGUUGUCAUUACAGAAUCAACAACAAAAAACAAACUAAGUGAUACAUUUUGGGGCCUUGAUCUCGUAAUACGUACAAAAGACGAGUGUGAUAAAGAGGCGGAGAGAUUACUCAUACAUGAGAACUUCGAAGUAGAUUCUUUUCAACACAAUUCUGUCGAUUUUAAAAAGAUUGAGAAUAUCUUUCAAUGUCACAGCAAUGUCACGCUAAUAAACACGUCGAGUGUUCGUUCAAAAGGAUACCACACGAAGUCAAGAAAAGUGGUGAAAACGCCAACAAUCGUUAUACACUGCCAAGUGAAAGGCGUGGUCCCUGUUGGGGAGGGUAUUUUCCCUCAAAUUAUAGAUGAUCUUCCGGUUGAUGUUCGUGAGGGUGUUUGCCAUUUUGCUGGAAAAGCACUUAGAUUUAGUGAGGAGAUAAGGACAGAGAAUGUCCAGAAAACAGGAACAGUUGGGUGUUUCCUUGAUCUCGAGAAUCCAAAGAGGAAAGCACUUCUUACAUGUGCACAUGUCGUUCUUCCUACAAAUAUAUUGAAAGAAAAUAAAAGCGCUGAAUAUAUUCGAAGACAAGAGGUUUGUGUUCUUGAUAAGGAAGGUAAGAAAAUAGGCGAAGUUGAAGACACCGUAUUCACGCAUGGGGAUCCCACAGCUACGAGUGUUGACGCAGCCCUUGUAGAAAUCACAGACCGACGUCCUUGUGAUGGCUCUUUCGCCGACGUGUAUUCAUUAAAUCAAUUAGUAGCAGCUGGUUUUUCAGUUCAAGAUCCUCCACAUUUUUCAAAUGGGCAAAUCGAUUUAAUAAGUGGGCAUAAUUUUCGAAAACCUAUUCUGAAAGUGGGAGCAGCAAGUGGAAUUACCCUAGGCUCCUUAAAGAUAGGUAGAAGUAGCGCGCAGAUCAUUGAUGAUGUUGACAUGAAUGUCGACAAUUCUUUCAGGAUAAGAGUGUUUGGUCAACUGGAAGUCAUUCCAAGAAUUGACCCUUCUCAACCACCCGACACAACACAAUGUUUUCUAAACGAUGGUGACUCAGGUGCAAUUGUAUUUGCAAUUACAAGCGAAACCCCCCUUGUUUUGAAAUGUAUCGGAAUGGCCAUUGCAAAAACUUCCUAUGGAUCGUGUUUACUGACCCCGAUAGACAAGAUCUUUGACGAGCUCAAUAUUCCAUACAAUUCUCUGUCAACCUUUUCUGUACCAAGGGGAGUUCUGGAUAAUGAUUCCGAUGGUCUCCGAAACUUGAUUUCAAUGAUAUCUCAACAGCUAACGGAAGUGAAAUCUACAAUGGAUGCCAAUGUUCAGGAUACCAAAAAGGAUCGAGAAGAAAUUAAAGCUGAACUGGGGAAAAUAAAUGACAGAUUAAGCACGGCAGAAUCGGAGAUUCUUUCCAUCAAGAAAGGCGGACAAUAAACAUAAUGAGGCCGACUAGGGUUAUCUAGUAGAUUACAAGAUUGCUUACUGAUUUUAACGGGAUUUGUUUUCACAUGAGACUUCAAUGUAUUGACUUAUUGUUGAAUGUAAAACAAUGUGUACCUGUUUAUAACAUUUGUAGAUUUCCUGUAAAUUGGUUAACCUUAGUAAAUUACUUGCCAAUUUUGCGUAAGAUGCUACUAUUCUUGUUUGUAGAUAGCUAAAAUGCAUUUUACGAAAAUCAUUAAACUAUUAUAAUUGUUA